GGAAGUAGCACAGAGUGACUGUCCUUCGUAACUCUGCGGAGGACAGAGUUAUUAUUAUUAUGAUUUUUAUUUGUUUGCUUUGUGAGACAAAUUUCAGAGACUGAUGAGCCGUGAAGACUGAUCUUCAUCGCCUGUUUGAUCUGUGAGACCUCCCGCUGCUCGCACUCUGAGCGGAGUAGAAAGCAGAAGGAGGAGGAGGUGGAGGUGAAGGAGGUCAGACAACUGAUCAAUGGUCAAUAUCAGCUGAUCUGAAGACGCGGUCUUGCUGCUCUGAUGACGUCAGUGACAACUUCCCACUGAUCAGGUGAUCGGACUUCAGUGAUCAAUAAUCAGAAGUGAGGUAAUGGCGCUGCAGCUCCCUUCAGAGCUGUGGCUUCAGGUGUUCAGCUUCCUGUCAUGGAGAGACAAACUAAGCAUGCGCUGCACCUGUUGGCACUUCCGACACCUGCUGGAUAAGUCCCACCAGUUGUGGAGGGGCUUCAGUGUAGUGCUGCAGCACUUCUCGCGCUACAACCGUUCAUUCUGGCGUAGUCUGGCUCAAAGGCAUGUGGGCAAUGUGCUGCUGCGCACAGGUAAGAGGAAAAACCUGAAGCAGCUGUACGACUGGCUGCCAGCGCUCUCCGCCCUGCGGUUGGAUGACUGGAGUGAAGGGGCCAUAGGCGAGCUCAAACUGUUCUGCCAGCUGCAGCGUCUAUCAGUCACGUCCUGUUCCACACCGCUGAGGAACCUAGACUUCUUGUUUCCUCUGAGUCACCAUCUGGUGCAGCUCAGCCUCUGUAACGUGCAGCUCACCUGUUCAGCCACUCACCUGUUGGCCGCUGUCAAACAGCUGACCCAUCUCAAGUCCCUGCUGCUGCACCACGACGGCAGCCUCAGGGUCCCGUCACUCAGCAGCAUCCUCGCUCACCUGACUGAGCUCACACACCUGUCCUGGACCAUGAUCACCUACAGGACACUGCCGCAUGACUUCUUCAGCCCCACCCACCUUCCAGGUGGCGCUGCUCUACGGCUGCUGGACCUACAGUUGUUGAAUUAUGACGCUGUAGUGACAGAGGAAGCUCUGAAGCCUUUGUCCCACCUCCACAACCUGUCAGUGUUCCACCUGUACUCUGUACCUGGACCCACUUGUCACUUGCAGACAUGGCUGAUGUCACUGCCACACCUGAGCAGCCUCAGCAUCCACGGAGGGCACCCUCUGGCGGCAUAUGUUAACUUCCUGCCCGCCUCCCUCCUCAGCCUGACACUCUGUGUGGACCUGAAGCCCGAAGACCUGCAGGUGGUUUCUGUUCGCACGCCUCAGCUGGAACACCUGCACUUGGAGCCCUGGAGCUCCUCUUCCAACAUAAUCAGACUCCUCCCACAGCUGUUCCCUCACCUGAAGACGCUGCGGAUCAGACACCAACACGUGUCCGAUGACGAUUUCCUGCAACUGCAGCAACUCCGGCAUCUCAACACUCUGGAGGUUCUGGAUUCGUUCUACAGACCCGACUCGAGUGACCCGAACUGGAUAGUCUUUGAGCCGAGUCCUCGUCUGCAACGGCUGAUCUGUGAACUGCAGAGAUUGACCAAUCACAGAGUCCAAGUCAUCACCAGCUCGCACAGAGACCUGCUCAGCUGCCACUGCAUCUGACUAAUCAGAGAGAGCAACCCUGUUUUUCUGCUUUUUUCAAAGGAAAAUUUUUUGCUAACUUCAUUUAUCAUCCAUACUUCCCUUACUGUUAUCAGAGGCCCAUUAAAUAUUUUGUACUGUAUGCUGGGUGGGUCUUUCCCACUGGUAGCAGCCUUACACAUCACGUCAUAUGCAGAACGGGACUUUCCCCGCCCAUAGCAGGGGGGACAUCUAUCAUGCAGUGCAGGGCUCUUCAACUCCAGGCCUCGAGAGCCCCUGUCCUGCAGGUUUUAGAUGUGUCUCUGAUCCAGCACACCUGAGUCAAAUAUAGAAGUCAUUAGCAGGACUCUGGAGAACUUGACUGCAUACUGAGGAGGUAAUUCAGCCAUUUGAUUCAGGUGUGUUGGAUCAGGGACACAUCUAAAACCUGCAGGACACCAGCUCUCGAGGCCUGGAGUUGAAGAGCACCGAUGUGGUGUGUAUGUACUGUGUACUGUGUACUGUGAGGGCCACUCUUCCAUUGCUGGGGGACUCUUUUAUUAUCUCAAUACUUUACUCUACUUUCCCCAUGGCUAAUUACUGGCCCUGUUCCUAGGGGCCUCUGAGUCAUUGCUACUUUCAUUUAUCAUCACAUGUAUGGGCAUAUAUCUACUUAUUGUUCACCUUUCGUUAUUUGUAUUGUCACUAUUUUUACUUAUACUGAGACUAUUUUAUAUUCUGUCUGGCCUUCAUACUGGUGCAUGGAGUCAUUAUUCUCAUGUUUUAGAUACCAUACGCCACUUUUAUGGCUUGUGCAAAGUAAGAGAAAGCACCAGACAUACACACUGGUGUAUAGAGUGCUUUAUGUUCUCGGGGUCACUGGGGUGAGGGUGAGACCUGUUUGUUCUUGGGUGUGCAUUUGAAGCUUUUGGAGAGUUGCCUGAGUGAGCGCUGUUCCUCAUUACACCUGUAACACUAUGUUAUACUUCAGCAGUGUUUAAUGACAGGUACAUUUCUAAAAUGGACUUCUGUAGUCCCCCACCCUCACGCUCUCCUGUAGAGAGAUAAGACUCGGCUAAGUGGAGUGGUACUAACAAUGUUAUCCUAGCAGAUGUUUGAGUAGAAAUGUUCAUCAUUUGUGAUACCUGUCUGAACUGUCAUAAACCAAAAGGUACCCCUGUGAUGUGUGCACCUUGAUCAUGUGACUUUAGAGUGGGCGUGGUUUAACCAAAAGAUAAUUGUUGGGGUUCAAGUUUCAUGGGCUGAGACUUUAUGUAAAUUAGGAGGGGUCAAAGGCAAGUGGGCAGUUAUCAUGUUUAAGUUUGUCUCACCUCACCUCUCUCUGUGCUCUUCUCUUUCCUGUCCUUUUUUUUUUCUUUUCUUUUCAUGUUUCUGCAUCUUUCUGUCUUUCCCUCUUCUCUCCUUUCUUUCUGUGUGUGUGUGCGUGUGUGUAUAUUUUAGUCUUAACUGUUGCUGUCUGUGUCUUGGUUUUUGUCUGUGUUCUGUGUAACUAAUAUGUCUAAUAAACAGCCUGCAGUGGAACCUGCUCGUACCAGUGACUUUUUGGAUAUUUGGGGUUUAAUUGGGUUUGACUCUUUGGCCAAAAGGAACAGGGAGACCCUAAGAAAACGUCACCGACAGGUGUUAGUAAAAUAAUGAAAUGUUUAUUAAUCAUUAAUAAAAAUGUCACUAACAUUGCUAAUAAUAGUAAUGGCUAUAUGAUAUGGUAGUACUGAUUAAACUUUGAUUACAUGA